AUGGUUUUAGUUUCAAACAAUACAAACUCAUCGAUAAAUAAAUUUGAUCCAAUUGAAGAAAAAAUUCAAUCACUCCAACAACUUCAAAUGGAACUUAAAAAAAUAAAAUUAUUCGAGACAUUAAUUUAUCCAUCAGAACAAACAAUUCAACAAUUAGAACAUCAUUUAUCAACUGAGACAACUAUGAAAAAAAGACUUCUGGAUUUUCAAGGAUUACUUCAACAAUCUCUUCUUACAACUCUUACUAAACGUGAUAGUUUUAGUACAACUCCUGAAGCUUUAUUUAGAACAUUACGUAGAAACAAUAAUUUAUCAAAAGAUGGAAUGCCACCAAGAAAAGUUGGAUAUUUUUCACCAGCAAAUCAAUCUAAUUAUGAGAUCAAAUUAAAAUUUUCAAAAGGUGUUAAUAUUAAUUUAUUUUGUUUGGUUAGUGUUUUAGGUCAAGGUCAUUUUGGAAAAGCCAUAUUACAAGAAUAUAUCCCUCGUUGUGGAGAUUAUUAUGCAGUUUUAGGUCUUUCUAAAGAACGUGUUGGUUACGGUGAAAUUACAAGUACAUUUGAUGAGCAAAUAGGUGUUUUAAUUUAUGAAAUGUUAGUUGGAGUAUCUCCUUUUCCAGGUCAUGAUGAAGAAGUUUUUGAUUCAAUUAUAAAUGAAGAAGGCAAAUUUCUUUCUGUUGAAUCAAUAAAUAAUAUUAUGAAAUAUGUAUGA